UAGCAGCGUAUCUGUCCCUGGUUUGCAUCCCAUGUUUUCAGAGUUUUCACAUUAGCAAGGCAUCCAUGGGACGCAGAGCCGCUGUCAGUCCGGGUUAUCCCCGAUUUUUCUCACUGCGGACAUACCGCGAAUUUUCCCAUAAUCCGCUGCCAACUCAAUGCUGAUCCGAUAAAUCCCAGUGUGAACACUUUUGUCCCUUUUUUGCUUCUCUCUCCCCCCGCUAAGUCUUGUCGUCGGAAGCUGAUUGGUCUGCAUCUCCAGCUCCCCAAAUGCUUCGUCCGCCAUUUUUUCCCCGCUACCUAAACAUUUCAGCGGUACAUCUCCAUUGGUGCCAUCUCUAUUCUUCUCUCCCCGUCUUUUGCAUCCUGAUAAGUUCGUGUUACGCGCCUCACAUUUCCAACCCCCCCCCUUAAAAAAAUGUUUGCCUAGCGGUGAGCGAUUGUGGUCAUGAUGAACCAAACGUUUCAGUGACAACCCCUCUCCACUCAAAACUCUCUGCAUUUUGACAAUUCAAUCAGGAACCACCAUCGACAUUUUCCAGUAAUGAAAAAUAAAAUUGGCCAUAACGUUUCUGCGUUCUGUGGAUGCAAAGGUGCAUUGAGACAUCUCCAAUUGUGUGUUCUACAUAUUUUGACUCCUUUUUUCGGGAUGGGAAUGGGGUUGGGGCAGUGGGUGGUGCCCUCAAACGAGGUUCAAACUCACCCCUUCUGGGAUCACGUGAUUUUUGUGGACCAAUGGGGUGCCAUUAUUUGCUGGGCGGGAAAUUCAACUCCUGCGAUCUGUGCCACCUCCGUGCACUGCUCAACGGUUGCUCAAGGAAAUGGCUGCACUAAAACCAACCAGUGGGAGAGGGGUCUCCUGGAGGGAGAAGGAGACAUUGGACCUCAUUGAAUUUUGGGGUGAGGAGAAGGUGCAAGAGGCACUAUUGCUCUGUCACAGGAACAUUGAUGUUUUCGAGCGCAUCUCAGAGCAGAUGGUGGCGAGAGGCCAUGCAAGAACCGCACUCGAAUGCCGGACAAAAACAAAAGCUUUGAGACAGGAGUACAAGAGGGUCGCGGCACACAAUGGAAGAUCGGGAAAUGCCCCUGCAACAUGCCCUUUCUAUGCACAGCUUGCAAGAAUUUUCAGAGGGGAUGCAAGCAUACGGCCACAAAGGGUGGCAAGAAGUCUUAACCUGCAGUCGGUGAGCAAUGCCGACCCCAUGGGGGAAGAUCGGUCGAACCAUGGCGUUCCCGCUCCAUGGGAGGGAUCAGAGGAACUAUUCACACAUCCAAUGGUCACUCUACAUCUUCAGGCGGUCCCCGCUUCCACUCCCAAUGAUUCAGGUUCUUCCACAGAACAAGAAACAUCAAUCGGAGAAGCCCCCCCAAUGGACAUGACCGAUCCAGAGGAUGAAAAUGCCGCAGACGAUCCAGAUUUAACUCAGAUAGAGGAGUUCCCGGAGGUGACAGGACAGGGUGCAGAGGAUCCGCAAGGAGAUCUGAACAAUCCACCAGCAGUGGAACAACCGCAGGUCCCCACGGCACAACUGUCUCCUGCUACACGCUUAGAAAAGGCGCGCACCAGAACCAGGCGCGUCUCUGUCCUCACCAACGUUGCAGAGAGAAUGCUAUCUCAGGCACAGAGGGAGGAACAAAACAACAGAAAGGAACGUGGAGAAAUUCUGGAGGCAACCAGCCAUUGGCGUGCAGCCAUGGAAUCAGAGACAAGAUGGCACGAGGACAUUAUCAGGGAGGCAAGAGAGGAUCGUAGGGCUUUUAUUGAGGCACAGUCACAAAAUAUGGAGGGGCUUAAUAGGGCUGUCGGUGCCCUCAGCUCCUUGACUGAACUCUUUGUCAGGGAGCAAAGAGCAGGCCCGGUUGCAGAAACUUCCCAAAAUGCCAACAGCAAAACACGCGAUAACGAUCAUGAGAAGGCACCACUAAGAAAAAGGGCUCGGAUCAUUAAAAAGAGAGAAAGAUAUGAUCCAUCCCUCUGAGCCCCACAUGUUUUUCCGGUGCAGCAUUUGGGUUGGAAUCUGCAUAUCACACGUAUCAUUGCUGUUGAAAUUAUGUUUGUCACAGCUGUAAUUGUGUUUUUCGAUGUUGGCGAGGGGUUGACAAUGGCCAUUGAAAAAAAUUGGUUUUUGUUUCCCACCGCAAUCCAGGUGCGGUUUGCCAGAUCUAUUUUUUGACCACGGUUGUUUGAAAUGUUGACCCAUGGGAGAAACUACACAGUUUUAAAUUUGUUUUUUAUUCUUUUCAAAACUUGAAAGAUUACAUGUGAGGCAUCAUAUGGACACUUAACUAACAUGCAUGUUAAAUAAAUCUUUUCUACAUCUCCUUAAACCUUGACAGCACAUUAUCAAUGUCGGACCUCAAUUUCUUGUUCUCCUCAUUCAAAUUCCUCACAUUGUUUUCUAGCUUCUUCACCAAGGCCUGCAGGCUGUCCAUCCUUCUGUUGGUUUUCUUUGCUGUGGAAACAAAAGGUGUAAGCGCAGAGUGGCCACUUCUGUGUUCACAAACGUUGUAAGUCAUUGAUGGUUACUUACCGCAGCUGAGGCAUGUUCCCACUGCCUUGUGAACAGUCUCCAGUAUCUCAAGGGGCUGUUCCCUUGCCAAAGAUGAAGAAGGCACAUUUACAGUGUGUAGUGGACACCGCGCUUGAAUGCAUUCCUCACAGGGGUCACCUGAAAAGGGGGUUUGGAGAACUUGAUUUAAUUUUGUUCAUUGUCAUUACAGAGCACGUGUUUAACAUGUGGCAGAAUGACGGUGUAGUUAGUUCCAUUUGUGUACCUGAAUGCUCAGUCAGCUGUUCUGGUGGAAUCACUGCUUGCUGAGGUGUGACUUCUUCAUUGAACUCGGAGCAGUUUCCCUCUUCUUGCUUCACUGCCUCAGAACUGGGUUGCAAAGCCAUUUCAUCCAUUGG